UGGGAGCGCGCGGGAGCUGCGCUGUCCGUCCACCAUGUGAGGUGGAACAGCCGUGUGGAAGUGAGCAGAGGUGCACCAGUGUGUGGACCAACCACUGUGGAAGUGGAUUUCGGUGGAUUGAUCCGUGUGGAAAGUUUGUGAGCGAAACGUAGAAGAUGAUGACUUUUGGCGGAUAGGAGCUGGUACUCUCCAAAAUGAGCCGGCUGAAAGCUGAGCUUCAGCAGUUGCGCCGCAAGGGCGCGCUGCGUGUCGGCCUGGAGAGCAGUCGAACAUGCGCCCGCUGCCGCACCGAGCUGGGGCGUAUCAUCAACAGAGGCGCACCCUGUCGCGCGUGCCGCAUGCGGGUCUGCAAGAACUGCCGCGAAUACACCGAGAAUGGCCGCGACUGGGUCUGUGCUGUCUGCCACAAACACAUCGAGAUUCAGCUGGCCAGCGGGCAAUGGAUGAACGAGUUCAGCUCGAGUCCGUCACGACGCCGUGAGGACGACACGGUCGCCCCCGCCGACCAGCUGAAGAGACAGAUCAAACGCUCCUGGACCAUAUCGAGUCCAGCUGAUACCCACCAGAGCUCCCCCGACCUGCGUGCCCUGAGGGCACUGCCGGUGAACAGCGCGCGGCGCGAGGGCGGCGGCCAGCUGCCCGACGGCCGCCCCCGCCCCCGCCCCCGCCCGAGGCCGCGACCCGAGCGGCAGCCCACGCGGCGAGCCAGCAUGUCCGGAGCUGAGAACGGAUGGUAUCGAGAUGAAUACAGAAAGGCCAGAAGUAUCGACGACCUGAGCACUACCUCAUCCAGCGCCGCCAACUCGCCGUUCGUCCAGAAACGGCCCGGCCGCAGACACCACUAUGCCUCGCACGAAUCCAUGACGGCUGAUCAGACGGGUGGCAUCCAGGUCCGUCUGCCGUCUGUCACCUACAUCCGCAGCGACCCGCGACUCGACUCCCGGGCAGACCCCCGGGCCGACCCCCGCUUGGACCCCCGCUCAGGCCCUCGGGCGGAACCGGGCACCAGUCGCACCCUGCCGCGCACCACCAAGGUGCUCAUCACACAAGAGUCGCCCGUCGACCCAGCCACUCUUCCUCGCCCUCAUCGCGCCCACGAUGAGCCCAUUUACGCCAACCUCACCCCUCACGGCCGGCCGCCGCCGCCGGCCAAACCGCCUCGAAAACCCAGUCCGGGCCCUCAGGGGAUGCCGCAACAGUCUGGGCGCCCCGGAGGACACAUGCACCGGUCGGAGGACCCGAGGUAUAGGGGUGAGGAGAGGCGUCGCUCUGGAUCUCAUCCCGGAUUCUCGGACUCGACGCGGGAUCCGCGAGACGCGAGGGAAUGGAGGGAUCAUAGGGAUCCGAGAGACCCGAGGGACAUGAAGGAUCUGAGGGGCCCACGGGAUGCGAGAGAUUCCAGGGAUCCGAGGGAUCCACGGGAGGUCGACAGACUCAGAGAGGAUCCGGGGAGAUUCCGGUCUGAGAGUGAGGAUGGACGCCGGUCCGGCGAGCGGCCAGACGACCGCCCUCGGCGGCGGGCAGAGAGCGACCACGGGGAGAGGCGGGAGGCGGACCCACGAGAGCGGCGCCGCGAAGGCGAGAGACGCCGCAGCCACGAGCGCGAGUACCGCGAUCCGCGCGACAUCAGAGACUACCAUCGCGACCCGAGGGAGCCGCGCGAACCGCGAGCGCACCGCGACGGUCGGCCAAGGCGAGGCUCUCUGGACGGUGGGCGACCCACAGGGGUCUCCAGUGCCAGCGACACAGACCACGACGCCGAGCCGACCUUCUUCAAGAGGCUGGCCGCCCGAGCCAAGCGGCGUUCUCGCGAGGAGCCGGCCCAAGGAAGCCCGCAUAGAGGUCACAGCGUGGUGCUACUCAACUCCUCGCCGCCGCCGGGCUCCACCAGCUCGGCCGGAUCGCGGCGCCGCUCGCCGGUGCAGGAGGCGACGAGGAUUGCACCCCAGCAGGUGCCGCCACUGAGGCGAGGAAGUCUCGAGUAUAUCGAGAUUCCGCGGCAUUUCAACGAGCGUGCCAUCGACGUGGAGGGUGUGCCAGAGCCGCGGCCGGUUCGACAGACGCCGCCAGAGCUGCCGGCGAAGGAGAGGAAGAGGGAGAAGAGGAUUGAUAUCCAGCUGGAGGACGGUACGGCGAGAGGAAAGAGGGGAGGAUCCGAGGAGCGAGCGCCGGCGACAACAGAGAAACAUCGCUUCCUGCCCUAUGAUUUCUGCUCGCUGCCAAGGCCGGGAAAGCUGAAGGAUUUAAAGAAGAAGAACACGACUGUCGUGAACAUGAACGCUGACUUUGCCACACUGCCGCGACGGCCGCAGACCAGCAAAGUCACUCUCAACAGCUCACCGACUGAGGUGGCUCCCGACCCGUGGCGCGCCACCUCCGAACCAGCCUGGGAAGCUCCGAUUCCCAAACCGGCCACCGCGGCGCUAGCGUCGCAGCCGCCGGCUCGUGAGCCGGUUCCGUCCCCGAACGAAACGGCUAGCGAUAUUGCGCUAGACCAGGGGAAAAUACAGCCGGAAGGUGACGACUAUAAGCUGGUGUUUAUCAGUUCCGACUCUUCCAAGGAGUCUGAAUUUAACUCGUCCAGUGAAAUCGACAGCCCGAGAGUGCCCGGGGGAAAACAAACGACUGCCCAGUCCAGCGGGUUUGAGUCGGAGCCUGGCCACGGGUUUAUCGAGGAGAGCGACUGGGAUUAUUAUGAGCGGGGAACAAAGAAAGACGGUAAAUAUUUGAAACCUAAUCCGCAGGGAGAAAAUCUCAGCAAGAUAAAGUCACGCAAGGCAGCGCCCAAACCGGUACCAAAACCAGCACCAAAGCCCGCUCCUAAGCUGGAUUCGGGUAGACCGAGUCCAAAGCCAUUCCCUCCGGUGACCGGCAAUGCCAACAAAAUCCUAUUUAUUUUCGACGAUGCCGACGGAGCUCCGAUAGCUGAGUCCACUCCAAAAUCUGUCCAGAGAAGUUCCAAGGUGGGAGACGAGUCCGAUUCCCUUCGCUCGAUCGACUUCAGUGAUGACGCAGCGCUGAGUAACAUGAUGCACCAAACGGAGCGGCUGCAGGCUGAGGCCGAGGCUCUCCAAUCAGCUAUCAUGUCCUCAAUGGAGCGGCCGGGUGGUGCGUCACUUGGUCAGGUGCUGGCUGAUCUGGAGACCCAGUCAGGAGCCGCCGGCGGUCACGAUCCCUUACUGGAGCGGUAUCGUAACCUGGUGCUGUCUGAGAUCCGUCAGCACAGGCGGGGACGGAGACUGAGCGCUGGAGACGCUGCCGACAUGACAGCCGACGGACAGAGAAUCGUUUACGGUGAUAACUGCGUUAAAGUCAUCAUCGCUGGUGACGGUGACGACAUGCAGCCGGUACCGACACAGACUGUUCCGUCGUACGCGACGCUGCCAAGGCAGGUCCACCGAUCGGUGACUCGUAUCACUGCGCCAGUGACUCGCUCCAAGAGCUUCACGGGGACACGUGCUGAGGCGCCGCCUCGCAGAAAGCCUCAGCGGCACGCUAGUCUGCAUGAGCGCCCUCGGCGCGCCGACCGAGCCGAGCCGACGGCGACGAGGAGUGUCGGAGACGGUCAGGAGCCGCCGCCGGUGGCCCCGCCGCGCAGAGGACCCGUGGAGAUGAGGACGGACCCUAGCGGAGCCAGCAGUUCGGAUGAUGAGGAAAGGGCGCGUAAUAGAAAAGCACGCGCUCUGCAGAGUUUACAAACACCGUCAGAACAGCAGCAGAAACAACAGAGGACGGCAGAGGGAGAAAUGACGGAUGAGGCUCUACAGUACCGCUCGCAGGUCACUAGUGGAGACGUACUGCAGUACUUUGAACGGCUCAAACAGUACAAACGCACCGGGCGCCGCUCGUCUGAUGACGCUGAGACAAAGAUCGAGUCAAACUUUCGCCGUCAGGAGGGAGCAGAGGGUCCGGAGCCACCGAUUCAGAAACCGGCUGUUGAUUCUGACCCGGAGGAUAUGCAGUUUAUGCAGCCGGAAAAAUCGUCCGAGCAGGACUGCAUAUCGCUAUCCAAUCUCACCGAAGUACCGGUGGAUUCGGACUCCGAAGCAGAGGAUGGGAGCGGGCCGAUCGAUAAAAUUUCAUCUGCCAGCCUGGCCCGCAGCGCGUCCGAAGACACUGUCACGAAUGACAUGGAAUCGUGCGCGAUCGAGACGAAAGUUGACUCUGAUUCUGAGAUGCCUGCCGGCGAAUCUAAUCGGCCGGGCGCUGAGAAGAAACGCAGCGGCUCGGACAGAGGUGCGCCCAGAAUCGAGACUGAGAGUGAAAGUAGUGGCUCGGCGAAACUCUCUACUGCCGCUGCCGCCGGGCCGGGGCGGGCCGGCACGGAAACUCUCCCCCGGCCCGCGACUCAGCCGCGGCCGCGGGCCUCUCCGGAAAAGCAGGUAAAGGGAGCCAUUCAACCCCCUUCCGUGGGAGACAAACAAGGGGAGCCCUCACGGCCGGCCGGCGGCUCGGGGACCGGCUCGGGUCGCCAGGUGUCGACUGCCGGCCCCGCGCCGUCAGACAGCGCCGCGGCGCCGCCGGCCGCGACCAAAACCGGUCCUGUGCCGACCCCUGGCGCACCUGAGUCAGCCGCCCGCAGCCGGGAAACAGGCAAAAAUCUAGACAAUGGCCGACCGUCCUCAGACGGGCGCAUGGGCGGCGAAACGGCCGCCCGGCCGGCGCGACCUGUUGUGAAGGAGAUUGGGACGGGCGUCGGCAGCACCUCACCAGCUAAAGCCCCGGCUCGCGAGCGGCCAGCCGUGCCCGCAAAGCCGGCAGGUAUCCGGCCUCCGCGGCGCGCGGCCGGCUCCGGUGUCAGUGCGCCCGACCGCCGGCAACCCGACGACACACCUGGCGUCGAAACGGCGCAAUCGAUACUAUCGGACGGUUCGGCCGGGCCGCCGGGACACCUGAAGCCCGGGGAGAGCGGCGGCGCGCCGGCAGCCCCGAACCCGUCCGGUGACGGCGGGAAAAACUCGCCCGACGCCAAGGCCAGCGGUGACGCCGGCCCGCCGCGGGUCAGCCGUGAGCCCGCCGCGCCGGCCGCGCCGCGCCGCGCGGCAGCCGCCAGUCAGCGCGAGACCGCGAGCGGGAAAGGUGCGGCCGGUGCGAGCGGCGCGGUGAGCGAGCGGCGAGUGGCCGAGAGCGACGAGCGCUCAGUGAGUGGUGCAGACGCAGAGGCGCGUGGUUUUGUGAGUGUGAUCCCUGUGGCCGGAGGUCGGCAGCCAGUGGCUGUGGCCCGUGUGAGCAGCGACCCCGGCGAGCCACCCGAGCCGCCCGACAUACCAGCGCCCACCGUCCCGCCCGAGAAACCCACCGGCCCGCCCUCCAACGAGGUCGAGGUCGUCACCGACGAGAAGACCAACUCCGUGUUGGUCGCGCACACACACGGCGACGCCAACGGCAUGACCACUAAGCCGCUCAACGAGCUGCGCAGUCUGAUCGAGCGCUCUCGUGAGCAGCAGCAGCAGCAGGCGCGCAAUGAGCUCGCCAAGCCGACUCUCGAGCGCGAGUUCUCGCCUGACCCAGCCUCCAAGCUGGCUGACUACUUUGCUGGCCUGGAGGAGACGUCUGCGGCUCGGCGCUCCGCCCCGCGACGCACCCCCGAGGUCCGUCGGCACACACGCCGUUCCCCCGACGUGGACGGCGCGUCACCGUCGUCCACGCCGUCACGAGAAGACGACAUCUCAGAGCCGCCGGGCAGUCUGGAGACCCUCCGGUCCGAUGGCGUUGCCAGCGAGGCGUCCGACGACUUCGACGACGGGUUUGACUUUGGCGGACAGGGUGUCGAGGCGCUCCGUGCUCGCCUUCGCGGCGAUGACGGGGAAGACGACGAGUUUCACGAUGAUGACGAGUUCCAUGACGAGAACGACUUCCGUGAUGAAGACGAGCAGUUUGACUCAGACGAGCGCUACUCGAAUGGCUCGUUUAGCGAUGGCUCUGGCGAUGAGUAUGUGGAGGAUGACUUCCGCUACGCCAGACCUCUGGACUUCACCCUCACCACCAUCAUUGAGGAGAGCUGUGAGGACAGCGACAGCGAUCGCUCCUCCACCAAGAGCGAUACGCCGACGGCCAAUCCAUCCAACUUCGAGAAGUACUUCUUGUUUGAUCUCGGCAACGGACCGCACGAUCCGAAGAAGUAUGCCAAUGAGGAGAGCGAGUACAGCGACACGUUCAGCGAGACCAACGACUCGAUCUACAGCGAGUUCAUUGAGGGCGAGGACGCCGAUGUCGAUCCGGUGGAACAAGCGUCGUCGCGGUAUUUUAUGAAGGGUUUUCUGGGGUUCAAUCGUCAGCCGUCAAUCCGCUCGGCCGCUGAUGACUCAGAAAACCAAACGGACGGGAGCGGAAGCGUCGGCAGCGACUCAGAGUGCGCGCCGUCGCCCGAGCAGCGGCGCAAGAAGGUGCCACGCUCGCGCGCGCGCAUCCAGAGCGACGUCGGCGGCAGCGGUGGAGAGGUGUCGGCCCGCGAAGUUUCUGAGCAGAGCGGCGACACCACCAGUGGGGAGGACGCUGUCACCGACGUGCUCGAUGAGACAACUCACGAGAAGGGCGACGGCCAGGACACCAUGAAGAGGAAGAAGAAGAGGAAGCUGAUGGUGACUGGCGAACAGUCCGACCGUGAGACCGGCGAUAAGGCGCCUCGCCAGCUGGAGGACGUCUUUGCGUCCCCAGUGGCAAAGGCGUCGUCGGAGUCUCCGAGGCUGACGCACCACCCAAACAGUGUCGUAGCGAACUUCAUCCAAAUCAGCAAGACGGGUGAAGCACAUCAAAGUCGUGACAGUGGUUUUUUAGGCAGUUCCGAUGACUUGCUGAAGGAGUCUGUGAUCCGUGAGGCCGAGGAGCGCUCGGAGGGAGGUGGUGCGCGUGGCUCCUCCGACUCGAGUCUUUCUGACGAGGCGGGUGGUAAAUUACUAGCCGCGUCCGUUGGCGGUUCACAGAGGACACCUAACAGCUCCGAGGAGAGUGCGAAAAAGUCCACAACUGUCGCGACCAAACCCCUUCCAGCAGUUGGGCGCUCGCCGCCCAACGGACUGAAGAACCGUAAUAAGGUCUCCAGGAAGGACUCGUUCAACAACUGGAGUUCUGACGAGGAGACCAACAUUCUGAUGAGUCGUCUGCGGCACUUCUUCCGCACAACCAUCUCGAACGCUCAGCGUGCCGAUCCGAACACGCCGAAGACGAAGCCGACGCCGUUCGCUCUGUUUGAGAGUGAGCUGACGCGUCUGAUGAAGACCGUGCCUGGCAUUAACGAUGCUCAGGUGCGGGAGAUCGUUGAGUACCUCAGCAGUGAGGACACAUGGAGCGAUUCGUACGACAGCUCCGACUACACGAGCAGUGAUCUGGAGGGAGCGUAUGGUGCUCUCAACCCGGCCCAGCCGGACAUCAUGACGCAGAUCCAGCAGCAGAUCUCACACAGCUGCCAGCAGAUCAUCCAACGAUAUGAUCCUGCAGACACCGGCAGCGCUUCGGCCGCCCAGAAGGGCAACCUGUCCGCCUCCAUCGCCGAUCCUGCCGCUCAGGACUCUCUGGCCGCUUAUGAGAAGCUCAUGGGUAGCCUGAAGGGCUUGUCUGAGACUCCGGCCGAGCCGCCGCCAGCGUCCCCGCCGAUGCUGGCCAAGGUGAUGCACCACAUUGGCAGACGACUGGUAGCACUGAUGCAAGAGGUCUCGAGCGGUGCUGAGACGGGGUCGCUCAGCGGCCAGUCUUCCGCAGCCAAGAGUGCCCGGUUUCCUCCGAUGGCGCGCGUCCUUAGCAAUGCCACCGCUACCUCCAGCUCACAACGCCUGGGUAGAAAGGUUCUGCCGACGCCUGGCGAUCUGGCUGCGGCCUCUGCACGAGAUGCAGCCGAAUUCAACAAGAUUCUCCGCGACAGCAAGCGGCGGAAGAAGAAGGAGUUUGACUCCUGCCAGGACUUAGGGAAGUCGAGCUCGACCGAAGCUGCGGAUGACAAGUGGGCUCGUCUGAGCGGCAGGGUGCGCUCGGAGGGUGACGUCAGUGUCAAGUCCUCCGGCAGCGGCAGCACGCUGACCGUCGGCCAGCCGGGCAGCGAGUUCAGUUCCUCCGAGCAGGUGGACUCAGACUCGACCGUCCGGGCACCGCUGCGUUCCGCCCGCGCCCUGCCCCGCUCCCUCUCCAGUCGCUCAGUGGACGGAGACGGCCAGCGGUCCACCCUACCCCGCUCCACUCCGGCGGGGCCGCCGGACAACCCCACCGGCUCCCUGUCGCUGCCGAGGAGAGCGGCGCCCGCUCCUCUGCUGGGUGUCUCCAGCCUGGCAGAGACGGGACGGUCGGCGCGGUACCGGCCGCCCGGAUACCGACCUACCACCAGGAGAGCGGCCUCAGCACGAAUGGCUCCCAGACUACCGCCGGCUGCCACAGAUGACCGGAUGCCGGGCUCGCCCCAGCCGGGUCAGUCGCCCCUGGUCAGCCGGUCGCCGUCCGUACAGCAGCAGCGCCGAUCGGUGGUCAGCCUCCCCGGAGCCUCGGAGCCCGAUGACGAGGUCGACAGGACGACCACCAGCAGCCAGCAGGGAACGCCGACCCUGGGGUCCCGCAGCGGCUCACUGCUCUCCGUCUGCUCGGCCGGUGAGGUGCGGUACGGCACGGUGGCCGUUCGAGGUGACAUCCAGCUCUCGGUUCGCUACCUGCCCUCAGACACGGCCCUCGAGCUUACCGUGCACCAGUGCCGCAACCUGGCCGCCGCUGACGCCCGGCGCAACAAGUCCGACCCGUACGUGAAGGUCUAUCUGCUCCCAGAUAGAUCCAAGAGCGGUAAACGAAAGACAAAAACAAAGAAGCAUACGCUGAAUCCCAUGUUCGAAGAAAUCCUCAAGUUCCCCGCCGCUCUCUCAGAGCUCGGUGGCCGUACUCUCUGGGUGACCGUGUGGCACAGCGACAUGUUCGGCCGCAACGACUUCCUCGGCGAGGUGCUGCUGCCGUUGGCGUCCAUCACCCUGGACGACAGUACGGCCGCGGCGUCCUGGCAUCCUCUGCAGGAGCGGAGUGACCUUCACGAGGAGGGCGGCUCCGGUCGCGGUGACGUCGUCGUCGCCCUGAAGUACGCCCCGCCGGAGGAGGGAGACGGCAGUCGGAGGUCGCGCCGCUCGCGAGGAGCCCUCCACGUCAUGGUCAAGGAGGCCAAACACCUGGUGGCAGUGCGAUCCAACGGCUCGGCAGACCCCUUCUGCAAGUGCUACCUCCUACCGGACCGGAAGGGUAGCAAGCAGAAGACAUCCGUCGUUCGUCGCACCACCAGUCCGCGGUGGUCGGGCACGCUUCUCUUCUCGGACGUCACGCUGGCGGAGCUGAAGGAGCGUGCUCUCGAGCUGACCGUGUGGGACCACAGCCUGACAUCCAGCGAGCUUCUGGGUGGCGCCCGCUUCAACAAUGGCUCAGGUCAACACCAGGGCAAACCGGCGCACUGGAUGGACGCGGAGGGCGCCGAGGCCUCGCUGUGGGAGCAGAUGCUCGACCGCCCCGGGUUCUGGGUGGAAGGCUCCGUUCCGCUGCGAGCUACCCUCGAGUCCGGCUCCGCGGCCAUCAAAUGAACUGCCCCCGCCGCUGUAGGCUGGGUGAGCACGGUCGGCCGACCUGCCGCGCCCCGCUGAAAUGUUGAGCUCUGCCGCCGGCUCGGUAUCAGUCACAUUGAGCGCUGUCGUUUGCGCCACGCUCGCUGCGUACCAUCUCGGUAUUGAUGUGCUGCGCCCAGUGCCGCGGCCUGCGUCGCGCGGUCGCGCUGGCCCGAGUCGCUCUCAUGUCUAUUUUGUUGUUGGUGUCUGCGCGCGCUGCCGCGACCAGCCGCUCUCUAACAGACCUCACCGAACCAGGCGGCAGGGGCCGAGAGAGCAGCUAUUUGGCCGGCGUUGUUUGUUGUCUGUGAUAACCUUGCAGUGAGGGGUCUGGGCGGGCGGACCGGCGCCGGCGCGAGUGAGAGAGAUCUGUCUUCCGGCGCUACCGUAUGUGAGUGGAGCGGGGCCCGGCGUCCCAGGAGAGAUGCCAUCCCGUGUAACCGGACACCCUGUCGGAGGGCUGAGUGUCCGCUCUGAUGGGCGCCGGCGGUCCGCGUCUGCGUUUUAUGUAAUACAAUAUCACUGUUAACGUG